AUAGCUGAACGAGUGAAAUCAGUUCAGUUGUAGCGUAGCGUUGCAAUCAGUAAGGUGUUUUCAGAGUGCGUUUUCAGUGGUCACUUUGAAGAUGUCAAGAUUUUAUCAGCGCCCAGAUCACAUAAGUGACGAGGAACUUUCAGAAGAAGGCUCUCUACACUCACUAGAUAGUGCGGAAAAUGGCGCGAUGUCUCUCAGGACGCUAGAAGUAACGGGUAAACUGACAAGCACCGACGGAUCUGAGUUUAUCAAGUGGCGAAGUCCCAAAAGUGCUGGUUUGCCAUAUUCUGCCAAAUUUCAAGAUAUACAACUGCAUGGUUCAGCCAAACUAUUGGUGUCACCGGAUACAUAUGUGGCGCAAGUGAACAUUUCGAGGCUGCCGGAGCUGGACAGAUCGACCUCGUUCAAACAGGCUAAGGAGAUUCUUUUGAAGAAUUUAGACAUUUGUAAUGUACUCCUGAACAAGGUGCUUGAAGACUUCAAAAAUAUUCGCAUAAAAUUUGGAACACACGUGGAGGAGCUGGGCAAAAAUUCAAUAGACAAUGUCAUUCAUGCUAAGGAUUUGUAUCAUUUGCGAAAGAUUUUGCUCAACCAAAAGAGUAAUAAAAAAAUAGAUACAGCGAUUGACAAAAAUGCUCACAUCACAGCAGAAACGAAACUUACCGUAACGAACUAUGUGAAAAUGUACAACGAUAUCCAUGAAAAUGAUGACGUUUUGAAACGAUCCUUCUUCGAAAAUAUUAACGUAUUUCUGCAAGGUUUUUUCAAAGCAUCGAAACUCAAUGACGAUUUGAAGCAAACAGUUGAGCAUGGACUACAAAUUCACAAGAGCAAAUCUUUGGAAUGGAGUCCAUCUGUUAUGAAGGACAAAAUUUCCGAAUUAAAUGAUGACUUCAUACUUUUCGUAACGAAAGAUGAUUUGCUGUUCUUUUCAAACGUGCUGAUCGCCUUAAACAAUGACGUGUUUGAAUCAUUCUUACCUAAACUUACUAAUCGAUAUAUCGCGGCAAUCGAAAAUGUCAACAGCGAAAACUUGCAAGAGGAAUUGCCUAUUACCAACCAAAUCUAUGUAUAUCUAUGUAAAAGUUUGACGGAUGUUGUACAUGAGAUAAACAACAGAACAAGUAUCAACAUUGAAGUAAACCAAGAUCAAAGCAAAUGGUCAACGCAAGGAACUAUCCAAUGGAAGUCUUCACCAUCACUGCUGGAUAAAUGCCUGGAAUGGAUGCUGCUAAUGCUGUUGAACAUGGUAAAUCACUUUGAGCCAGGAAACCCUUCAUCGCGAAUGUACUUUCCAUAUAAGUUUCAAAUUCUGGAAAAUCCUGCCGUUGGUGAUAUCCGCUCAAAAUUGCCCAUUGAAGUCCAUGUGUGGUUGUGCCUUCUGGAUGACACCAUUAACCAUGUGUUCACCAUUAACCACGAAAUCAAUAGAUUAUGUUCGUGCCUGUUGCCACUUUACACAAAAUUUGCUAAGUUGGAGCAUUCUUCAAUGGACUUGACGGAGUCUGUUCGAGUCACAACCCACAACACUAUUAAUUUCCUGGCACUAACUGGACCGUUUUUUCACUCGGAAUUCGAGUUGGACAGAAAAGUUCUACUGAAGCAGAUCAAUUACAUUGUGCUGAAUACUCUCGGGGACGAGGUUUCGUUUUUAGUUUACCGAGAUUUGAUCGAAGUGUUUGGUCAAUACCUGAAGCAGCGAAAUGAAUUUUCCGUUGAAAUCGCGCAGAAACUUCCGGGAAAGUAUUUCCGCAAAAGUGUUACGGAAAUUCAAAACCUUCUCCUUCAACUCAUGGACGAAGCACUGGAGCGGAACGUUGAUAUGGCUGAGCUAAUAAGCUUUUGCAGAGCUUACGACGAGUUGUUGGCUGACCUGCUCGAUCUGAAGCUGGACUGGUUCGUGCGAUCAGACAGCGGAGAAAUCUACGACACUAUCAUGACUAAGGGAGUGCUAGAGUUGGUGCAGAACAAGUGGCAAGAUAACCAACACAAGUGCUAUCGAGUGACGAACGUUACAAAAUUUUCACAACUUUAUUUGGGGCUGUCGGAUGACAACGAAAUGCCACGCCAUUACAUACUGGAAACGAUCAAACUUCUGCUAACGUCAAUCUAUAGAAUGAUGAUGAAGCAAUGCUGGAACGGCGGUCAGCCGUUGUCAGAAUUGGAACAAAUAAGCGGAUCUAAAUUGAUGAUUUUGUCAGUCAGAGGUUGCCUAAUGUAUCUCUGCGAGCAGCCAGAUUACAUCAACUAUGACCAAUUCCUGGAAGAAAACUCGAAACCUUUCGAAACCGUUACAGUUGAAUGCGCUUCGUAUGAUGAUUUCAAAAAGCGAGUCCAUCUCAUCAAGGAAUCCUUCUGGUACCUCCGUAACCUUAAUGCCAUCGACAUCAACACUGCUCUAGCUCUUUUUAAGGAUUGCAACCAGGGCAAAUACAACGAAGAAUUCCUGCGGCUAGCCAACGCAAAGUACUGCGAUCAGUUUGAAAAGUUCAUGGGACAAAAUCAACAAAUGGAAUUGGAAGAGAGAAUCCACAUGAUAACCAGUCACGUAAAAAUGCUCGCUGUUGAUCAACUUGUUGAGGACUGGGACUUUGAGUUCAAACAACACACUCUCCUAGAGAUAUUGGCCGGAUUGGGAGCGGUUUGGGCGUUGCAUGCCUCAAAGGACGUGGCCAGCACCGGGCAAUAUCUGAAGCCACACUGCAUCCAGGUUCUCGGUGUAUUGCGACUGCUGAGUGCGGACGACAACAGGCAAGCAGUUCAGAAUCAUUUAGCGCAGGUGUUGACCGGGCAAGGAAAGUCGCUUGUUCUGGCAAUGGCGGCUUGUGUUCUGGCCUUGUGCGGGCACUCGGUUGUGAUCCUGUGCUACAGUGAGUAUCUCGCCAGCAGGGAUCAACAGGACUUUGAAGAUUUCUACAACUAUUUCUGGGUAAGAACGAGUAUAUCGUACAAAACGUUCAAAACUGCAGCCAUGGAUGAGUUCAAUAGAGUUUCUGGGAAUGCAGAACAGUACAUUCACGAAUGUUUGGGAUUAAAGCAAAGUGUACGUAAAGCAUCCAAACAUCCAUCAAAUCCAGUGCUACUUAUUGACGAAGUUGAUGUAUUUUUCAAUGAAGAAUUGUUUGGAAAAACUAUUCAUUUGGUAGCAGUGCUCUGUUUUCCAGGAUUGCAUCAAAUACAAAUGGAGAUUUGGAAGCUGACUAAAAUUGGAACGCAAAACAUUUACGAUGCUAUCAACACAUUCGUAGCGAACAGUAGUUGUGAUGAGAUAAAGCAGUUUAAUACUUUACGGAACAGACAAGGAUCAUUCAAGUUUUUGAAGCAAUCAAAAAAAUCAAUCGAUGAGAAAGUAACCGACAACGCGAGAUUAAUCGAAAUUCAGAUAAAGGAAAUGGUUCAGGUAGCAGAAAAUGUUUUCAAAAUGUCCGAAUCUGAUAUUUCGAAUAAAUAUCGCCUAACUGCUGAAGAUAAACUUGCGAUGAAGGGGGCCUUCGGAUUUUACUCCGACUCAAUCGUGAAUGGCUAUUAUACGGCAUUUGUUUACAUUCGACUGAAAGAGCAGUCUUCCGAUCUAAACAAAUCUAACUACGGAUAUUUGGUCCAUGACAUGGGAUGUGUUUCGUAUGCAAAGCUUCCCCAAAGUUAUCCGUUGAUCCUCGGCGUUACUGGAACACUAACAACCCUGAGCAAUUACGAGAAAAUGGUGGUAAAAAAAUCCUACAAUAUACAUAAAUCAUCAGUAAUGCCAUCAUUCUUCGGAACAUCUAACUUGAAUUUCAAUGAAGCCAGUGACGUGACUUGUGUGAAUACAGCAUCAGACUGGAUGAACACCAUAUACAGCAAAAUCAUCACGAUGGUUAACGCCAAACGAUCAGUUCUAAUUAUUUUCGACACAGAAGAAAACAUCAACACCUUCCGGCAGCAGUACGCGGCUCAGUUCGAUCGGUUGAACAUCGUCACAGUCAACACUAGCCUGGAGGAAAAGGAAAAGUUCAUCGCAGAAGCCGGAGUCAGCAGAACCAUAACGCUGGCAACUCGCGAGAUGGGCCGUGGCGUUGACUACAAAUCCAGCGUCACAGUUGAGAAGAACGGCGGAGUUCACGUCAUUCAAACCUUCUUCUCGCUGGACAUCAAGGAGGAGACGCAGAUCAAGGGCCGAACCGCCAGGAAGGAUAAUCGGGGAAGCUACGAGUUGAUCUUGUGUUACGACGAUCUUGUGAAUUUAAAACUUAAGAUAAGCAAUUCUUACGCACAAGUAACGUAUCGCCAGUUGUGCGAUGCUAGGGAUGCACUUAAUUUGACAAACGAUAGCAAAAAAGAGGAAAUGGUUCAGGUAGCUAAUGCAAUGCAUGAAAAAACUGUUGAUUUCUACAAAUAUGUUUGAUUUGUAAUUUUAAAUUGAUUAAAUAAGUAAUUUAAUUAGAAAUAAAUCAGUAAAUAAGUUAAGAAUCGAAACAAACAAUUGAAAUAACUUUGCUAAUUUUUAUUGAAACGGUAUAAAUAAAUAAAGCAGGAAAUGUUUGAA